AUCCAUUUUCCUUGUUUUUCAUCUCUCAGGAAACACUGGCAAACUUGGAGAGACAGAUCUAUGCGUUUGAAGGGAGCUACCUGGAGGACACUCAGAUGUAUGGCAACAUUAUUCGUGGCUGGGAUCGGUAUCUGACCAACCAAAAAAACUCCAAUAGCAAAAACGAUCGAAGGAACCGGAAGUUUAAGGAGGCUGAGAGACUCUUCAGUAAAUCCUCAGUGACUUCAGCAGCUGCAGUAAGUGCAUUGGCAGGAGUUCAAGACCAGCUCAUUGAAAAGAGGGAGCCGGGAAGUGGGACGGAAAGCGAUACUUCUCCAGACUUCCACAAUCAGGAAAAUGAGCCGAGCCAGGAGGACCCUGAGGAUCUGGACGGAUCUGUGCAGGGAGUGAAACCUCAGAAGGCUGCUUCUUCUGCUUCCUCGGGGAGCCACCACAGCAGCCAUAAAAAACGAAAGAACAAAAACCGGCACAGCCCGUCUGGCAUGUUUGAUUAUGACUUUGAGAUUGAUCUGAAGUUAAACAAAAAACCACGAGCUGACUACUAGAAGAUUCGUUAGUGCAGAAGCUUCCAGGCUCUAGAGCCCUGCUUCCCUCCUCCGACCUCACAAAGAUAAAUGUCCCUCACCUGUGUGUGGCCACCCACCUCUGCUUUCCCAGACCCAGUGCCUGUGACUCUGAGUGGUUUGUUCUGAAAUGUGGUGACAAACAAGUCAUUUCUGUAAGACUGCAUUGGAUCAUUGACUGUGUCAUUUUUAGUAACAGAACUGCAGGAAGACCAAGACCUGGUUACAGUCCCAGCAAGUUGCUAACUGUGCGUUUCUCCCUUCUUGGAAUGAAUGUCUCCCCCUAGACUGGCUGGCACCAGCGUCAUCUGUGAUACCCAUCGAGAAAUGUUCUCUGCUUUUGUUUUAUGCUGAAAGUAGAACACAGGUCACAUUUCAGAGGGAGGCUGUAAAUAUCUGGCAGUUUCUUAUUUUGUUUGUGUUUUAUUAUUUUUCUAUUGUUGUUUUUACCAUCUUCUUUGGGCUUUUUGUAAUGCCGUUGUACAGCUCGUACCUUCCUGCUGACAUAUCUGAUAAUCUGUUUCGUGCUGUUGCCAAUAUUCUUAACUGAAGAUAAUCUGAUUUACCAUAAAUAAAAUGGGGAACUUGGCUCUGUUUUUUUGCAGGAGGAAGGUAAAGAGUGUUUAUUUAAUAAUUGCCUAUCUUAAAUCUUUCUGAGUUGGAAACAGUUUCAUGUUCAAGGAACAGGAAAAGCUGAAAAACAUAAGUUUAAAUCAAUCCUUUAAAAUAGAUAUUUUUAUUUUUUUGUAUAAAUAAAUUUUCACAGGCUUUGACUUCUCAUGCUUUACUUUUAAACCUGAGAGAGUUUUUUCACUUAUUUUAAAAUAAUUUAUUCAUAUCAUGCCUUAUUGAAAUUUCUUUCUCUUUCCAUCUUUUCUCUCUUUGCUGGUUUUUACCUGAUUAAAUAUUGCUCUAAAAAUCACUAAGGCGUAUAGAAAGGCUCAGAAUUGCACCCAAAGCUGAUACCAUAUGGAGUUCUUGAGCAGAGUGAAAGACAGGAUCAAUGAGAGCCAGCGACGCCCAACAGACUCUCUUCCUUACAGGGGUUGCUGGUCUGCGGAACUUGCUGAUAACUGUUGCCUGCCUCCAGAGCAGUGCUGACCUGCCUCAGCUGCACAUUGGAAUCACCUGGGAAGCUUAAAAAACACUGCUGCCUGGGUCCCAGCCCAGAGACGGCCUGGGUCCUGUCUAGUUGCUGGGAUUUCCUUUCAGAGAGUCCCUGGGAUUCUGAUCAGAAGCCACGUUGAGAAGCACUGCGUUAGGAGACUGGAUGGUUUGAUUUAAAUCCUAUGUUGUGAAUCAGUCUAGGGAUAAGAUUUGGGGCCUCACCUUUCCUUCGACUCUCUUAGUCAUAGUCCUUUACUUAUGCCCGUACCUUUGUUAGAAAAAAAUAUGUUCCAUUUGUGAUAAUAUUGGUAGAGCUGAAUAUGGAUGGCAUCUCUUAUCAAAACAAGUCUACCUUGUCAAAUGUGCAAAAGCUUUCACUCUUCUUCUCAAAUAAACUGUUUUUUGACUCUG